AUGGGGGCUUGUCAGCUGACUUUCACUGUGGACUGGGCCUCACCGCCCCUCCCCUGCGCUGUCUUCAGGCUGCUGGUCACCCUGGGUCUGCUGUGGGGCUCGGCAGCCACCACGUCCUCGGGCCCGCAGUGGCCCAAGCCCGUGUUCGGGCGCCUGGCAUCUCCUGGCUUCCCAGGCACGUAUGCCAACAACCAUGAGCAGCGCUGGGCCCUGACGGCGCCCCCCGGCUACCGCCUGCGCCUCUACUUCACUCACUUCCAGCUGGAGCCCUCCUACCUCUGCGAGUACGACUUCGUCAAGCUGAGCGCCGGGACCACGGUGCUGGCCACGCUGUGCGGGUCAGAGAGCACGGACACGGAGCGGGCGCCCGGCAACGCCACCUUCUACUCGCCGGGCUCCAGCCUCGACGUCACCUUCCGCUCCGACUACUCCAACGAGAAGCCGUUCGCGGGCUUCGAGGCCUUCUACUCAGCAGAGGACAUCGACGAGUGCCAGGUGCCCCCAGGAGAGGCCCCCACCUGCGAGCACCACUGCCACAAUCACCUGGGUGGCUUCUACUGCUCCUGCCGUAUGGGCUAUGUUCUCCACAGGAACAAGCACACUUGCUCAGCCCUGUGCUCAGGCCAGGUCUUCACCGCCCGGUCUGGGGUGCUCAGCAGCCCUGGAUACCCUCAGCCGUACCCCAAACUCUCCAGCUGCACCUACAGCAUCCGCCUGGAGGAGGGGUUCCGUGUCACCCUGGACUUCGUGGAGUCCUUUGACGUGGAGAUGCACCCUGAGACCCAGUGCCCCUACGACUCCCUGAAGAUUCAAACAGACAAGGAGGAAUAUGGCCCAUUUUGUGGGAAGACGUUGCCCCACAGGAUUGAAACUAAGAGCAACACUGUGACCAUCACCUUUGCCACCGAUGAGUCGGGGGACCACACGGGCUGGAAGAUCCACUACAACAGCACAGCUCAGCCCUGCCCUGACCCGACGGCACCACCUAACGGCCACAUCUCCCCUGUGCAGGCCACAUACAUCAUGAAAGACCGCUUCUUUGUCUUCUGCGAGUCGGGCUACGAACUUCUGCAAGGUUAUUGGCCCCUGAAAUCAUUUGUUGCAGUCUGUCAGACAGAUGGAUCUUGGGACCAACCGAUGCCGGAGUGCAGCAUUGUUGACUGUGGCCCUCCUGAUGACCUACCCAGUGGCCAAGUGGACUAUAUAACGGGUGCCGAGGUGACCAUAUACAAAGCUGUGGUUAAAUAUCGCUGUAAUGAGUUCUACACAAUGAGAACAGAUGAUGGUAAAUAUGUGUGUGAGGCUGAUGGAUUCUGGACGAGCUCCAAAGGAGAAAAAUCACCCCCUGUCUGUGAGCCUGGUAAUGGAUACAUUUAUACACGAGAUUCAUAACUGAUGGAAAGUAGAACUGGGUAGCAGACAGUAAGUAGUGCUUCAGCUGUGUAGGCAGAAAUGUAACUUCAGCACUUGGCUCUUAGACCAGCUUAUUAUUUCCAAAUAGUAUGUUCUCAUUACCCCUUCCAUAUGGAGAGGUUGUUGGUGCUGACUGUAUCAGUCAUUUGAUUAUUUUUGACCUUACAACUAGGCAAGCAUAAAAAAUUAAAUGAUUUUUAAAAUUAUCUUGAA